AUGGCGCGCUGGCUCGGCGUCCGGUCGUCGGUCACGUUGGCGGUGCACGGGUGCGGCGUCAGCGUUUACUUGACAUACUCCCAUCUGUCCCAGCACGAGUUGACGCACGGAGAAAAGAACGUGGAAUGCAAGGAGUGCGGCAAAAAGUUCCAUAACCUAGUGCGGUUACAACGCCACGCGAGGAGGCACGAGGCGGUGCCACGGUUCCGCUGCCACUUCUGCGGGAAAGGAUUCUAUGCGAGGGAGGACAUACAGCUGCAUAUUAGGACCCACACAGGCGAGAAGCCGUUCCAGUGCUGGCUGUGUCCCGCGCGCUUCGCGCACCGCGGCAACGUCUCCGUCCACGUGCGCAACGUGCACCAGCGCGACGCCGUGCGCGCGCCCGACGCCGGCGCCAGUCACACGCUGACAGUUGACAGGAGACUUGUCACGCCGGCGUCGGUGUCACCUACGGACAGCUUAUAA